AUGGGAGGGGAGAACAACAGUACAGGUGUGGAAAAAGUCUCCCAGUGUCAGACAAAGCACUUGCUGGAGAAGAAAAUGGAGGCAGUCCAGGGCUUUUUGGCAGAACACAGAGACCAGAUCCACCUGUUUAUACGCCUGGUUUUAGCAGCAGGCUUUGUUGCCAUGGUGAUAGCGGCAUGCGUUCUGAACUUCAACCGGGCAGUUGGGCUUCUGGUCCUCUCCUUGGUAACUGUGUUCUUUCUGGUCUGGGAUUGGAUGAUGGAACGCUAUGGCGACUGGGUGUGGGAGCAGCUCUGUCCUAUCAGAGACCUUCUAAGUAGGAACUGGUUCUGGAUCAGAUGGUUUAUAUAUAUGUCAGUACUGGUGGCAGUUGUGUGCUGGCUUGCACUGGACACAGCCCAGCGGGGCACCAGACAGUUUGUGUCUUUCUUUGGUUUGCUGCUCUUCAUCUUCUUAAUCGCGCUGUUCUCAAAACAUCCAUUCAGGUGGUCUCCGCAAACUUUGCUCUCUGGGAUUGGACUACAGUUUGUCGCCGGUCUGCUGACUCUCAGGACCACAUUUGGCUUGCACGCACUGGAAUGGCUUGGAAAACAAGCUGAAACUUUUAUGGCCUUCACAGAUGUUGGGUCUCAAUUUGUGUUCGGCGACAGUUACAAAGACCACUUCUUUGUCUUCCAGGUGAUGCCUAUCGUGGUGUUUUUAAGCUCUGUCAUCUCCAUCCUCUACUCUAUCGGCUUCAUGCAAUGGUUCAUUUGCAAGCUUGGAUUUAUAAUGCAAGUCGUCAUGGGAACGUCUCCAACAGAAUCAAUGGCAGCAGCAGGAAAUAUAUUCUUGGGACAGAUAGAGACAUCCCUCCUGAUUAAACCUUACAUCAGUGAGCUAACUCUCUCCGAGCUCCACGCUGUGAUGACGGGAGGUUUUGCCAGCAUCUCCGGUAGCAUUUUAGGAGCCUUUAUCUCCUUCGGGAUUGAGGCAUCACACUUGUUGACAGCAUCACUGAUGUCCGCUCCAGCCUCGCUCGCCAUCGCCAAGACGUUCUGGCCUGAAACAGAGACGCGAGCUGCCAUCAGUGACCAUGACCUCAAACUGCACGAAGGAGAGAGUAAGAACGUGUUGGAGGCGGCCUCCCAAGGUGCAUGUUGUGCUGUCAGUGUCGUGGCUAGCAUUGUUGUCAACCUCAUUUCCUUCAUGGCACUGCUGGCCUUCUUGAACGCCAUCCUCUCCUGGCUGGGCGGGAUGUUUGAUUGUCCGGAGCUCAGCUUUGCGCUUAUCUGCUCUUAUGUGUUCAUGCCUCUCUCAUUCAUGAUGGGCGUCUCCUGGGAGGACAGUUUCAUUGUUGCCGAGCUGCUCGGCAUAAAGACUUUCCUCAACGAGUUUGUGGCCUAUCAGAACUUGUCGGAGUUAAUCAAGAGGCGGAAGGCAGGAGGGCCAGAAUAUGUGAAUGACGUGAAGCAGUAUAUUUCUGUCCACUCUGAAACCAUCGCAACCUACGCUUUGUGUGGAUUUUCCAACUUUGCUUCACUGGGGAUGACGAUUGGAGCGAUGUCGGCUCUCGCUCCUGAUCGACGGUCUGACAUCUCCUCCUGUGGCCUCAGAUCUCUCAUUGCAGGCAGCGUCUCCUGUUUGAUGACAGCUUGUAUUGCAGGUAUCUUGUACAUCCCUGAUGUCCAGUGUGCCCAGUUCCUGAGCACAGAGUUCAACAACGCCAAUGUGACCAGCAGCACCCAACUGGUCACCUGCUGCACACUGCUGUAUAACAGUGUGAUGGUGUUUGAACCAUGGAACGUGACGGUCGGAGAAGGAUUCAGUCAGGGCAGUCUGCGAGGCUGCUGCUCACUCACACCCCCGACACACUUCAACUGCAGCUCUGUGUUUUGA